CCCCCCACCCGCUCUCGCCGCCGCCAUCACCGCCGCCGCGCGAAGCAAGCAGGAGCAGCCAGGAUGCCGGCGGGCCACGGACUGCGCUCCCGGACGCGCGACCUCUUCGCGCGCCCCUUCCGCAAGAAGGGUUACAUCCCGCUCACCACGUACCUGCGCACCUACAAGAUCGGCGACUACGUCGACGUCAAGGUGAACGGUGCCGUCCACAAGGGCAUGCCGCACAAGUUCUACCAUGGCCGCACGGGCCGCGUCUGGAACGUCACCAAGCGUGCCAUCGGCGUCGAGAUCAACAAGCAGGUUAAUGGCCGUGUCAUCAGUAAGCGUAUUCAUGUCCGUGUGGAGCACGUGCAGCCAUCCAGGUGCACUGAGGAAUUCCGCCUGAGGAAAGCGAAGAACGACAAGCUGAAGGCGGACGCCAAGGCGCGAGGCGAGGUCAUCAGCACCAAGAGGCAGCCACAGGGCCCCAAGCCUGGCUUCAUGGUCGUCGAGGGUACCAUGCUCGAGACGGUUACCCCCAUCCCAUACGAUGUAGUCAACGAUCUCAAGGGUGGUUACUAGAAUGUUUGGUCUUUCUACCUGCACUACCCAGUUGAAUCUAUGCUACUAAAAUUUUGCUCGCGCCGAGCAGCAGUCUGGACCUGUUCUUUGUUCCUGUCAAAUGAUUUUGGGUCGCAAGUUGGAAUCCUGAGUUUCUCAGAACGAAGACGUGCUUGCUUUAUUAUGCUCGUGGUGGUAAUUACAUCUAUUGAUCCUAAGUUUUCUUAUUUACUAAA